UCAACUCAUUAUUUCAUAGCAUUGCUUUCAGUGUAUUGGUGUGAUCGAAGCAAGUUUUCAGUUUUCAGUUUGUAUUUUGUCUAGAAAAGAAGAAGAAGAAGAAGAAGCAAUAUGUCGGCUAGGGACAAUGCCUCUGAUGCUGCUGAUCGUGCAAAGUCUUAUGGGCAGGAGAAGAGCGGCCAAGCUCAACAACAUGCCCAAGGUGUGAAGGAGAGUGCUCAACAGAAGGCAGGUGAGGCGAAGGAAAAGGCUUCAGAGACCACCCAGCAGACGAAGGAGAAAGCAGGAGGAACUGCUGAAAUGGCUAAGGAGAAGGCUUCUCAAGCCUCCCAGACUGCUGCUGAAAAGGCUCGGCAGGCCAAGGAACAAACUGGUACUAUAUUCCAGCAGGCUGGGGAGAAGGUUAAAGGAGUGGUGCAGGGAGCAGCAGAGACUGUAAAGAAACCCUUCUCUGGAGGCAAUAAUGAGGACCAGCAGUAGUGAGCAUUGUUCAGUGUUGACUACUAGAGGAUGUUUACUGUCUUGUUCUAGUGCACUUCAUCUGCUUGUGUUUGUGUAGUCUUUGUGUAUAAUAAAAGUAGGCGGUUGUUGUCUGUAGACAAUUCUUCCUCAAUAUCAAUAUCAAUCAAUCUGUCUUAUGUCAUAUUA